CGCCUCGUCUUCUUCCAUCCUCCCUCCACAUUUACCCAGGCCGCUGCUGAUCGGCCGGCCUUCCACCCUUUCUCCUUUCUGUCUCUCCUCCCUCCCGCCUGGAAGCCACAGCUUCCUUUGACGGCGCACCACAACCAUCGCGACCUCGCACACGAUGCAACGGGCAGGAGAAUGUUGAUUUCGUGGGGUUUGGGUUUCAAGACCCUUUUACUGGGACUCGCAGCCGUGGCCGUGGGCAGGCAGUCCUCGUCGUCUGUCUCAGGUCACAGCGCACAACAACAACAACAACAACAACCAUUAUUAGGGCAACUUUCAAGGACAGUGGGCGAGAAGCAAGCUCAUGCAGCCGCCAACAGUUUUGGGGAGCCACUACGCCAGCGUCCAAUAUCGAGACAAGCUCGCGCCCGCAGAUCUCGCGCUGGAGAUGGAGUCGGCUCAGCCGCGAGAGCUCAAAGACGGAAAAGACAGGAAGAUGGCCCAAGUAGUGGCGAGGCCUCGCCAGCUGCACCGACGCCACAGCCUCCUUCUUGUGGAGGAAACGAUACCACGGCCCCACCAUGUCCGCCGCCCCUCUCAUGCUUCCCCGCGGGUGACGAAGUUGUCCAGUAUUGUGGCGGCGGCUUCAGGUACUGCGUUUCGGCGAGCGGAGAAGCAGGGUGUUACACGAACAAUGCCACCGAGUGUGAUGCUAGCGGCUGCUCUCUACCAGCUCUUCCAUCAUCCUCAACCGUGGCUACGCCGGCUUCGAGCCCAGCCAUAUUCGCCGUCACUCAGACCGUCACGAGCACGGUCACUUCUUUUACCGGCACACCAGAGACGAGCGUGGCCAUCACAACGAGGACAGAAGUCCUCACAUACCUCAACCCAACGCAGCAAACACAGACAUCUACCGUCACAGCCACGGCUUUCUCUAGACGGGCGAGAGGAAUCCGAAACAUAUUAUCAGGGGCGACUACACCAGCAACGUCUCCACAAUCUAUAUACGAGCCAGCUGUUACUAGGCGAGCCGAGCCCAACGCCGUGCCCGGGCGGUUUCUCAGAGCCAAAGGCGAGGCAGAGAAGAGAGAUGAAGGGACUACCACGUCCACUGUCACCACAACAGUGUUUACGAGGAGCCUCCUCAUUACGACCAUUACGAACACUGUCUUCUCGACAACGCUUGUGGCGCCUAAUGCCGUCACGACUGUCUUUGUCACAACAACCAUUACCGUGCCUGCGUCAAGCACGGUACCAACAAGCACGCAGGCAACGUCCAGUGCCACAUCAUCAAAUCCAACAACGCCAGUACCGCCACCUCCCAGCGGGCCAACAUCAGAAAUUCCGCCGCCCCCUGUACCUCUACCGACGAGCGCCUUUUCCACUCCAACGUCUUCCCUUCCCACCACACUGAUAACGUCAUCCGUAAUCUCAUCAACUCCGCCCAGCUCAACCGCGCCGCUCUCGUCAUCAACCUCAGAAACCCCCACCUCGAGCCCUACCCCCUCGAGCAUGCCCCCCUCGUCCUCCAUGACAGGCACCCUCGAAACCAUGAUGACGAGCUCGUCGCCCACCAUGACACCCUCGGCCGUGCCCGCGCCGAACCCCGAGGCCUCCGCCAGCGGGCUCUCCACGUAUCAGAUCGUGGCGCUCGUCGUCGGCGUCAUCCUCGGGAUCCUCUUCCUGGUGCUGUUUGUCGUGCUGAUCCGCUGGCUGACGGAGCGGCGGCGGAGCGCGCAAGCCGUGAUGCGGCAGCGCCUAACGCCGCCCGACGGCACGGCAGGAGCAGUCGUAGUAGCUGGCGGCGGGGGCGGCCCGGCCACGGGCAGCAGCGGCAACGAAUCGCCGGGCAACAGCGCGCUGGUCGGAGAGGGCGAGGUACGCAUCGUGAUCCGCCCCGCGCCGUCGGCCCGCCGCCGCCAGACCAUGAGCUCCCAGCUGUGGCCCAUGCCGCCCGGCCGCGGGGCUGCCGACAACACGUACAGCCUGUUCGUCCAGGAGACCACCACGGGCGAGACGACGCCCCAGGACCCCGGGUCGUGGAGCAUCGCCAGCGAGCGUGGCAGCCUGGGCAACGGGAACGGCGGCGGCAGCGGCAGUGGCAGCGGUGCUGGCUCGGGCGACGGAGCGGGAUACAAUAAUAACAAUAAUGAUAAUAACUACAGCGGCGGUGGCGGCGCUGGGCGGGGCGGCGGCGACGCGGCUACCACCAGCAUCAUCAGCAUCGGCUGGGACACGAGCGCCGGCGGCCGCCGCAGCAGUGACGUCGGCUCGUAUCCGGGGCUCGGCACACUUCUGACGCCGCCGCCGGCCAGCCACGCCGGCGGGCCGGGGCUGCUCGGCGGCAGGGGCAGCAGCGAUGAUGAUGAGGGCGACGAUUACGGCGGCGGCAGCAGAGGAAUAGGUGGUGGAGGUGGAGGAGGACGAUACCCCGUGGGCGGCAGUUUCGGAGUCGGGCGCGCACGGUGAUUUGCAAUGAUUGGUGCAGGCGAAGAGAUUAACAUACAUACCUACCUAGAUAAAAAUAUCACUU